AUGAAUACUCCUAGCCAAAUAUCGUUUCUUGACGGCACAUUCAGCCUCAUACACAUUCCAUUGUGUCUAUAUCCGCUCUUUCUUCAGCCGAUAUUGCAGGUUCUCUUGCCGCAGGGAGACUGCGAUCCAGACAACCUCGACGAGGCAAUUGAAGGAUUGAGUAUAGACAACAAGCAUGGCUUUCUCAAUAUCAGCAUCACGCCAGUCGAGUGCUCAGUUGUGUGUCACAGCAACUGGGCCGAGAAAGUGUUUGAACCCAUCAUCAAGAGGCUACCCAAGGAUUCCUCAAAGACUGUCAUGAUUUCAAAAGACACUUAUCUGAUUCUAUCAGUUGAGAGUGCUGCAAUGGAUGCUGGCAGCCGAGUCAUGGAGCUGACCUCACCACUCGCCAUGGCCGGGAUUCCCAUCUUUUUCAUUACGACAUAUUACUCGGACUUCAUCCUUGUCCCAACAAAGGACCGGCAGACGGUGCAACAAGCUCUCCUGUCGAGGGGCUUUGAAUUUUCAGACGAGUCCACAUUUGUUUCGCCCUCAGCACAUUCGAGGGGUCCCAGUGUCAGCAGCCAGCCCCCGUCAACACCGCCCCCGUCAAACAUUGCCGAACUACAGACACGGACUUUUGAGCUCUUGAAAAAGCGCGACGUUGUGCCUUACAUCGAGGAUGGCCUCAGUCUAGUGCUCGUCUCUGGAAAGGAGCAUUCCAAGACGACUCAAAUGACCGACUAUCGCCGUCCGGCCCCAAGCCGCCAGCCAACUGGCAAUGGCUACAACAGUCGCAGAAGCUGGCUCGACAAUGUUGAUACUAAGCUCUACACUAGCCUGAUAUCAGUCUUGGUGUUGCAGCCCCGCUUCCUGUCCAUGACCUUGGCUCAAGAAGACCCUCCUUCAUUACUGCUCGACAAGCAGCAUCUGGGCGUGUUUGGCGACUCGGUCGUGGGCGAUAUGAGCGGAGAUCUCGUACCGAUAUUCCUCGACCUUGAGAACCUCACCCUCGAGGCCACGGGUAUCGUUUCGGGCGUGGCUGGAAAGCUUGUCUCGGAGAUGCACAUGGUCGACACGGGCGUCAGCGAGCAGCUGUCGUAUCUUUCGACGGCCAGGGCCGGCGCCGUCAUCCUGUCGUAUGACCAAAGCAUGAAGGCUCUGGAGAUCAUGAAGCCGUUGCUGAUCAAGGACUGA